CAAAUCGUCAAAGCUGUCGUUGUCGGAGAUCAAGCAGUUGGCAAAUCAUCACUUCUGCAGAGAUUCUGUUACAACACGUUCAAAUCUGAUUAUAAGUGCACCAUUGGAGUUGAUUUUGAAAUUGAACAGUUCCAAAUUCUUAACAAGCUUCUAAAAGUUCAGUUUUGGGACACGGCAGGCCAGGAGCGAUUUAAAUGCAUCGCUGCAUCGUAUUACAGAGGAUCCAAAGCUGUAAUAGUGGUAUUCGAUAUGAGUUCGAUUCAAAGUCUCAUGAACGCCAAACAAUGGGCUUCUGAAGCCUAUAACGAAGGACAUGAACCAUCCAGUAGUAAUGGUGAUGCAAGAAGAUCUGAAGGACCUUUGUUAUUUCUCGUUGGCACUAAGAGGGAUUUGGUUGUUAACAACACUUGGAAGGAAGUUGAAGCACUGGCGGUAACAGUUGCUAAGGAAAUUCGUGCCGAACUUUGGAUCGUUUCCUCACUGACAGGUUGCGAAAGGGUUAACGACUUCUUUUUUCGUCUGGCUGCCAUGUUAUUGGAGAACUCUAUGAAGAAUGCAUUGCUGGUCAAACAAGUCAUCCAUUCAGAGUUCGCCACCGACAUGAUAAGUCAGAUUCGCAAAUUUUCAAAUCUAUUCAUCUUUUUAUACGAUUCUCAAUGA